AUGUACGAAGUCGUCACAUCAUUCAAGUUCCACUUCCUGGUGUUCUUCCUCGCCGACCUGCUGGCCAUCCUCAACGAUCUCAACAUCAAGUUUCAAAAGCAGCAGGUGGACAUCACGGUCGUGGCAAGUGAAGUUUCGUUGGCAUGCCGCACGAUCGAAGUGCGGUACAUCGACUGUGAAGAUUCUUUCGGCAAUGGCCAGUCUCCCCUGCUCUGUGACUUUCUCAAGAAGCAAGCCAACCCGCAGCAGCGUGAAGUAACGGUCGAUGGCGUGGACAAGGAGGGCGCACCAGCAGCUCACAAGUUCAAGCUGCAUGAGCGAAAACUCGAUGGUGCGAAAACCGGCGGAGACUACUACGCGUGUAAGAAGUUGUGUCAGGACUACGCGCGUGAGACAAAAGGCCGCCUGGAGUACAGGUUCGCGGACUUGGAGAACCUGAAGGGCGCCAAGAUAUACCGCCCUGCGAUGUAUCCCGAGGACAACACUCUGCGCAUGCGCAGGUGUCGCGAGUGGCUGGCGCAGCUGGACAAGCUCUUUCACCACUGCCUUCCAGGUAUAUUGUAG